AUGAGUUUGCGUCAAGCAGCUAUCAGAGCCGGUAAGGCUCGCUUUGCCAGUCAGUUCCCAUGGACAGCUUCACCUGUAAUUAUCGGUGCACCGAUGCGCGUGAUGUCAGGGCCGCAACUCGCUCUAGAAAUCUCAAAAGCCGGAGGACUAGGGUUCAUCGGCCCUGGAGCAAAGCCCGAAGACACAUCCAAGGACCUAGCUACAGUAUGGGAACUGCUACGCAAUUCGCCUCCCAAAGCACUGCCAUCCGCAUUUCCCUCCGAUUCCCUCCCAAUAGGCGUCGGCUUUCAGCUAUGGAAUGGUGAUUUGAAAUCAGCUGUCGAAGCUGUCCGAGAACACAAACCUUGCGCAGCGUGGCUCUUUGCGCCGCGACGAGGUCAAGAGGAGUUGGAAGAGUGGAUGCUCCAGAUACAGGAAGCUUACCCUGACAUUCAAGUUUGGAUUCAAAUUGGUACCGUACAGGAGAGCGUUGAAGUCACCACAAGCAAACACCACCCCGAUGCCCUAGUGAUCCAAGGAGCUGAAGCAGGCGGUCAUGGCCGAGCCACCGAUGGACUGGGUUUAAUGGCUCUGUUUCCCGAAAUCGAAGACCAGGUUCUAGACUGCGGCAUGUCUUUAUUCGCAGCCGGAGGCAUUGCAGACGGUCGCGGAGUCGCAGCAGCACUCUCACUUGGAGCCACCGGUGCAGUGAUGGGCACACGCUUCCUAGCAGCCACCGAAGCACGCAUUAACAGAGGCUACCAACAAGAAGUCGUACGUGCCACAGACGGAGCACGGUGUACUACAAGAACCAUGCUCUACAACCAUCUUCGUGGCACGAUGGGAUGGCCUGAGCAGUAUAGUCCGCGCGGAAUUGUUAACCAGAGCUUCCACGAUCAUCAAGCUGGUGUUGAUUUCGAGGAGCUCAAGAAGCGGCAUGAUGAAGCUGUCAAGUCUGGCGAUAAGGGCUGGGGUCCGGAGGGAAGGUUGGCUACUUAUGCAGGUGCGGCUGUUGGGCUUGUACGUGAUGUUCAGGAUGCUGGUGUUAUCGUGAGGCGUGUGCAGAGUGAAACCAAGGAGAUUAUGGAGGAUCUAGCAAGGGAUGCUAUGUAG